AUGUCUUGGGCCGCCGUUGUGUCCGGCAAGCUGCCCGAACCGACCCCUCCAUCGCAUCCUCCUUCAACUGUCACCACAAUAACUGCCAUAACCCCCACCCCCGAUCCCCAUCAGAAUUCAUCCCUCUCCGGUCCUCACGAGCGUCCCAUCAAUGGAAAGUCCAACCUUCCGUCCUCCCCGUCUCGACAUAAUCGCACCCGCAAGUCUACGCGACGCUACAAACCGCAUAACUCUACACCGCCGAGGUCCCCUGCUUCCGCCCCUGUCUCUGGCCCAUGGAAGAAGAAACCUACAACCACUUUGUGGGACGACCCUCGCAUCGUCGCCAGCUACCGUCUGUGGACCACACACAUCUCAGCUUUCAUGGCACAGCCCGCGGCUUUCUACCACUACUUCGUAAUCAAUCCUCAAUUUCAGCAAUCUGUAUUUGACGCGGGCUUGACUUUUUAUCCACAUACAGAUCCUGCCAAUCCGGUCCUUAUCAAUUUGAACAGCUCCCGCUUUGGAAUGGCAGAACGUAUCAAUCCUCUCGCCCCUCCACCCGGUCAUGACAACAGACCUCCCACUCCGCACUCUCCGGUUGCAGCCCCCACUUCCGGUUUGCCCAUAAGCCCUACUGCGGACCUUGCUCCACCCUCCAUACCGCCGCAACUCACGCUUUCAGCCCCGCAAACGCCCCUCGUCCCCUUUCUGAGCCCGAACCUAUCCAACUUGCUCGAAGCGGCAAAGGCCUUUGAGUCUGGAACCUCCAACUCCGAUCGCAUCGCACUCGGACCGGAAGCCUUUGCCAACGGCUAUACCCCACCAAACCAAACGGAAGGCAUGGAGAAUGGCUUUGCGCUUGACGCUCGCGCACCUUUUAUGCUCGAAGAUGCUCUAGUCCGCCAAUUUGCGGAAGCAACUCGUAUCGACCCCAGCGAUAGUGAGAGCGAACGUCUGUCAGAGGGCGAUUCGACGUUAACACCAGGUCCUCGCGGAAAUGCACAUGUUACCCCGCCGCGUGCGAAUGCGAAAACACUCCGCGAUGCGCGUUGGGAGCAUGCCGAAAGGAGGAGAGCUGGACGUCGAAGGGUCGUUUCUCGGAUAUUGGACAUUUGUAUUCCGAGCAAACCGGUGUGCAAACGGCUCUCCGACCGAGCAAAGGCGGAACUUGUUCAACAGAUAGAAGACAUCUUUCCGAAGAUCACCCCAGAGCUGGAGGUUGUCGAAGUGCGUGAGGAAUUGCUCGAUAGGUUGAGAAAAGUCAUCUCUGCCGAGUGGCCUGGUGCGGGUAUUGACGUGUAUGGUUCUGCGGGUAAUGGUCUUGGCCUCCGAUCGGCUGAUGUAGAUAUGUCACUGUAUAUGCCGGAUGACGUGGCCGCCGAACAUGGAACUAAGGCAGGCGUGCCGGAUCCCCCGAAAGUCAUUCUUGCCCGCCUUGCCACUAUAAUGGAAGAAAACAAUAUAUCGAUACUAAGCAAGGUACUCGAGGCAAGGGUUCCGGUCAUUAAGAUGCAUGACCCAAAAUCAAAGCUUCAAGUAGAUAUAUGUGUGAAUAACACCCUCGCUGUACGAAAUACAGAACUUCUCAAGGCAUAUGUGGAUCUCGACGAACGCUUUCGAUAUGUCUGCAUUCUCGUUAAAUUGUGGGCGAAGCGCAGGGAUCUAAACGACGCAUAUCAUGGAACGCUGAGUUCGUAUGCCUAUACGCUGCUGGUUAUUCACUACUUGCAAACGGUGAGUCCGCCAGUAUUGCCGUGCUUGCAGCGCAUGGUCAAUGGAAAGCGACUAUCAAAGGGUCAGAAUGUACCGAAGGAAAUGGUGGGGAAGGGAAAAUCCAAACUGUACAACACAUAUUUUGAUCGAACGGUGACUCCGGAAACUUUUCAAUCUGCAAAUCACACUCCGGUUCAUGAGCUUCUUCUUGGAUUUUUCCGCUACUUUACGUACACAUUCCGCUACAGCACAGAUUUAGCAUCAAUACGAAUGGGUAAGAAGGUCCCACGAUCGAUACGUGGCUGGGAUGAGCAAAGUGUGUAUAGAGAAUGGGAAUUCAAGCAGAAGCAAUACAAAAUUGCCUACGAAGCUGCGAAGACUGCGCUUGACGCUCGAAAGAAAACAGAUGCCGAAGAAAGCAAGGUACGCGAGGAAGAAAAGGCGAACGGAAUCAAGGAACAGCCGGCAAAGUUGCCUGCCUCUUCCAGGGAACGAGGUCGUAUACCGUUCCCGAGAAAACCUCGUUUGGAAUCUAAGCACUUAUUUUGCAUCGAGGACCCCUUCGAUAUCGAUCAUGACCUUUCGCGAGGGAUGGAGCGAGGUGCAGUCGCAGUCAUACGAGAGGAAAUGAUGCGUGCAUAUGAAAUGAUCGCUGAGACUGGCGACUUUGAGACAGCUUGUGAAGAAUGGAUGUAG